UCCGGUGUCUGCGACCCUCUACGAACCAAUUGCAUCCCGUACCCGUCUCUUCGUUGGACGUGCCUACCAUCGGUAUGUGGCUCCCGCAAGGGACUCAUGCUUCCCGCAAUCACAAGCCAGGUAAGAUUGCUGGUAAGUGAAAAAUACUUCUCUCUUCUCGACACGCGAAUGAUUUGUAUCGUAGACUGAACACCACAAUUGUUUCUGAGAUCAAACGUCUACUUCAGUCCCAUCAAGGCGACGAUGUGAGUAGCGUAUGCUAGAAAGAAGUGGACGGUUCAUGCCUUUGAUAUGUUCGAUGGAAUGCGUCAAAGGAUGUGAGUAGUAGAAGACUUAGCACCUUCAGUUCACUACCCUUUUUUCAUACAUGCAUGAGUUUGGCUAUACUUGCUGCGCGUCUUCAUAAGCAGUCCAAAUGACCUGUCAUUGCAUGAGUUUGCAUGUGUGUUCCAAAAGUCUGCUUAAGUGAUGACUUUAAGGGCAGCAGUUGGUGCCAGCAGAUCAUCUAAUGGAGAUUUCAAUUCUCCUGUAUGCUGAGGAUGUCAUGAUGGGGAGUAAUUGUACUUCAUUUGUUCCCUGCGGUCACUUUGUAUCUUUUAAAAGGUUCUUUCCUAUUACCUCACUUGUAAUUUUUCUUGGGAAGCUUCAACUUUGAUAAAUACAGAUCAAAGUCAGCUCCUAGAGUUACCAUCCUUUUGUGUUUAUGUUAUUCUCUACAUCUUUUGUUUGUUGAAACUUCUCCCAAGUUAUGCUAAUGGGAGUGUAGCUCUCUAAUUCAUGACAAACCUCUAUUCGCAAAGGAUGCCAUCUGACCCACUCUAUCAUGUUUACUACUUAAACUGUUCUCAACAGAACAUGAUGUCUCUCAGAUAUACAUUGUUGUAUCCAUGUUUACAGCCUUCUAGUUUCAUUCAUUGGGCAUCUCCUAGGAUUAUUGAGUCAGCCCAUCAAUGCAACUUCCUGAAACCUGAUAUCUAAGAGACUUCUAAGCUCUUCUUCUAAUGUGCAGUUUUUGAUUGUCUGCCAUGUUACUCCCAUAUUCCUGUAGAUUCACAGUAUUCAGCAUGCAGGUGCUUGUAGUGAAUUUUGUUUUGUGAAGUCUUUUGUUUGGACAAAUCUCGAUUGAAAUGGGUUUAGCCUUUAGGUAAUAUUUUUUUUGUGUCAUUGGGUUACUUUUUUGGAGUGUAUUCCUUUAAUGCAUCUUUUUUUUUCAUUAUUAUGUUACAUUAUAUUAUUAUCUACUUUGUUCGAGAGAUUCUAGGGAUGAGAGAUCUUGCACAUGUGCAGGUCUCACAUGUUUAGGAGUUAGAACAUCUUGAUUACUCGAAUUCAGAAUAUUAAAAAGUGAACAAUUCAUUGGAUCUCUUUCAACCAAUAUUCUUAUUUAAUAAGUUGACUAAAUCUUAAAUAAAUGUGGGUUUGGAUUUCAGAUGACUGUUUAUUUUGAUAUGCAGAUUGACCGUGCUUGCAUUUUGCUUGGGUUUCAAGCUUUUUCUAAAAUUUACUAUUAAUUCAGGGCUAGCUACUCUAAUCUGAUAACGUGAAAUUUGAAGAUGUUCUUCGUACUAAAGAUUCUGUAAAGGUACUUGAUUGACAUUUAAAGAUCUGAUGAUUGUAAGGGUAGGUCCAAGAUGUUACUGCUUUUCUAGAUGAGCACAUGAAAUAGUCCAUUUGUUGGAUUGACAUAGUUCUUGUCUCACCAACCUGAAGACACUUCUAUGGCACUUGGAUUUUAACUUGGUUGACGUUGAAAUCAAAUAGACAUUGUGCAUCAUUAUCACAGAACUGUAACUAUCAGCUUUCUUUUCUGCUUUGGGUCCAUUGAUCUAAAUUGCCAGCUAACAGGUUGUGGAAUAGGCUGCCUUUUCUGAUUGAGGUAAGGAUGGGGCCUCUUGUUCUUUACUUUCUCUUUGAUGUGUUCCGUCUCUUUUUCUCAUCAAGUAUUAUGCCCUUCCAUUUCAUGAGGUUUGACAAGUAUAAACUGCAUGAUAAGUGUCAUGGAGUUAGUUUCACUAAUUACAGCUUAAUUAUUUUUUUAUCUGAUGUUUUAGACCAAGAGUGAGAAUCACAAACUGAAAUAAUUAUUUUAUGGCUGCUUGGUGAUUAAGUUAAAUAAGACUUUGUGUUUGUUUGAUCAUUCUUUGUAGGCAUGCUAGUUUUCCUGCCAUAUAUUCUUACUGCAGGAUCUCAUUUCUAUUGCUGCUGCUGUAACCUUGAGCUUUUGGUUAAAUUUCUGAUGGAAACUAGGCAUCCAUUUCUGCUCUUCUAAAGGGAUUGGAGGUCUUGGUGCCUUAGCAUCAGAGACAAUUUCUUGGCUGAUAAGAUAGGAAAAACAGUGAACCACAUGACUGCUAAAUUCUCCAAAUUAGCUGGGAGGAACUACCCUGCCUACUGGAAAUAGUAGAGGUUGAUACACGAUUGGAUGGAUAUAGAUUGCUUGUUGGCUAAUAAAUGCAACCCAUCAUUUCUCCUCUUUGGGACCAAACAUUGAAGUGUGACUUCUUGGAGCAAUUAAAGUGCCUUGGGGUGGUCUGAAAAAACAUGAACAGGUAGAUGUUAAUGUUAGUACUCUUUCUGGAUCUACCAAUAUGAGCUGAACUUUUUUCCACUGCCACCAUUAGAUUUUGGAAGGUACCAACUACUACAACCUUUUAUUCAAUGCCACAAAUUUAAGCAAGUGCAUUGGUAGGUCGAGUUGAAAAGUCUGAGGUAAACAAUCUACCUCAGUGAUUGAAUCACUCUGGCUUGGUAGAUACUUGCUGAAGAGGAUGCUUUGGAUCAAAGUAACAUACAUGGGGCAAGGUAAACUUGGUAAACAAGUUCAUUGACUUGCAAAGAAAGAUCCAACCGGAAGCUUUGUUCUUGGUAGGCUGUGUUACUUGGAUGAUAAGGUUACUGUGACAGAUUGUUUGGACUUGAGUGUGGCAAGAGUUAUUAUAACUUGGAAAUGGUGUGGCUUGGUUGAUGAACUGGUGAUGUAAGACAGAUCAUGUCUGUUGUAGGAAGACAAGUUUUCUGCUCCUUGCUUCUUGUUGAAUCGACACAGAGGGGGGAGAUGGUGAGGGAGAAGCCAUUUGGCUCAACAGUGGACAGAUAUGGUCACAUGACAUGUUAUUUGGGACCUUGUAUGAACUGCCAAAUGCCUGUGGUGAAGAACAAAGUGGAGCAGCACUGGGGGACCAAAUCCACACAUCAAAGUUGCAAGAUUUAAAGCAUCAAUGUCUCAAUUUGCCAGAAACAGACUUACCAUCAACAGAUGCAGGUGCCCCGGCUCCAAAAGCCGCCCUAGAUGUUGAAGAACAAGUUUCUCAACAAGAUAAGUGUGAUCUUUUUACGGGAGAGUGGAUCCCGAAUCCAUCAGGACCACUGUACACCAAUGAGAGCUGCCGAUUCAUAGAACCUCCUCAAAAUUGUAUGAAGAAUGGACGUCCUGAUGUGGGAUACCUUUUUUGGAGAUGGAAACCACAUGGUUGUCAUGUACCACCCUUCAAUGCCACAAAAUUUUUGGAAACUAUGCAGAACAGAAGUUGGGCGCUCGUUGGUGAUUCAAUUCUUCGCAACCAUGCACAGUCAUUGAUUUGUCUUCUUUCUAAGGCCGGAGAUCCUGUUGAGAUCUACCAUGAUGACCAAUACAAAUCACGAAGAUGGCACUUCCCCUCUCACAACUUCACUCUCUCCCUCAUCUGGAGCCCGUUCCUCAUCAAAGCAGAGAUCUUCGAAAAUGAUGAUGGCGAGUCGAAGUCUGAAAACCGGCUUCACAUCGACACGCUUGAUAAAAAGUGGACAAGUCAGUAUAAUAGCUUUGAUUACAUAGUGAUAUCUGGUGGCCAGUGGUUUCUGAAAACUGCAAUUUAUUUGGAGAAUAAUACAGUUGUCGGUUGCCACUAUUGCCCCAAGCUGAACAUAUCAGAGCUCAGUCUUGAGUCUGCUUAUAGCAAAAUCCUUAGUUCUGUCUUCGGUUUUGUCACCACUUCCAAGCACAAGCCCGUCGUAAUUUAUAGGACAUGGACGCCAGACCACUUCGAAUAUGGUGAAUGGUUUAGUGGUGGCAAAUGUAACAGGACCUCACCGUAUAAGAUCAGGGAGUUCAAUGGCAAGGAUGUGGACCAUGUGAUGCGAAAGAUUGAGUUGGAGGAGUUUGGCAGGGCAGCGACAGCUGAUGGUUCAGAGAAUGAGGCAAAUUUGAAACUCUUGGACACUUAUCAGCUCUCAUUGCUGCGGCCUGAUGCUCAUUCGGGUCCUUACAGGACAUUCCAUCCAUUCGACAAGAAUAAGAAUGCAAAGGUUCAGAAUGACUGUCUGCAUUGGUGCUUGCCUGGUGCAAUUGAUACUUGGAAUGAGUUAAUUAUGGAGCUUAUAACGAACGAGUGAAUCUCAGUUACAGCUUCUCCAAGGCGAAACUUUGUUUCUUCGCAUCCGUCGUAUGUGUCGAGAUCAAAUUACAGGAAAGCCAAAAGCCACAGGAUUCUCAAACUGCUGCACGGAAUCUGGUUCAGCUGAAGAAGAUUAUGAUUGUAUUAUCGCUUGGAUAACUGUAAUCAGAUGUAGUACCCUGUAAAUUUUGAUGGACGAGAAUCCUGCCUAAUCUUUGUUGCCAUGAUUCUCUGGCAUUCUUUUGAUAUCAGAGAAGAUGCCUAUUUUUGUACCAAAAUGCAAGAAUUUGUGGCUCUCUUUUAUCUUCUACAUCUCAAUAAAUGAUCACUGUGGAGGUCUACUA